CUGAUGUUGAAUCCCAUUCCAUCUAUCAGUGGCCCAGUGGGACGCCUAGAAGAGAGAUGGCCGCUCCACCAACACCACAGGCCAUCGUGCAGCUUGUUCAGCUGGACCGGCGGGCAAGAGCGGCCCCGAACACUCUUACCAGUGAUGACAUCCCUGCGGCCCUGAGGGCGGCAUCCAUCCCUUUUCGAGUCGACACAGUGCCGCUCUUGCGCGGCUGCUACGAUAACUUCAGGCAUCAGCCGCUGCGGGCCGUGAUUGUUGACCUGCAGGAACGACAAGACGCCACACGCACACAAUGGAGGCAUAGUAUUCACCUCAGAUCUCAUCUAUGCCUGUGUGUGCCUGUCUGUCUGUCUGUCUGUCUGUCUGUCUGUGUGGCUGUCUGUGCAGGGAUGCGAUGAGUCAUUCUUGCGGUUUGUUGAGGAGUUCUCCUCUAUCCUCCACGCCGAGCGGCCCCGGUGCUUUCUGGUCUUGUACGGCACGAGCGUCAGCUGCAGUGCAGCCAGGCGCUUCACAGCCUUCACAGCGGUCCGUUACGUUCGUGUCAGUGCUGCACAGAAGCCUCGUUCCGACCAGAGAUGGUUUGUCUGUGCUUCUGUCUGUUGGCUCUGACAGGGUGCACACAUGGUCACCCACGUGUUGGAUCAUCUGAUCAAUGUGCUCGGCCAGCUGAACCGGCUCGCCACAUCGUCCUUCCAUCGAUGGGCAGGGAGGGCAGGUUUCACCUGCCCCCUGUGCGGCGAAGACGGCUUCACAGGUGCGCUAGCCCGGACCAACACCUGCCCACUCCUCCAUUCACUGAUGCGUGUCUGUUGGUCAGAGUUGGGUUUGUGGGACCACAUGCCGCUUUUCCACAUCCAUAGCGACACUCACGAGACCCAUGUGUGUCCGCUAUGCAGCCGCACCACACACAACAUCGUCAGGCACAUCGUCGAGGGCCACCCGCCGCCCGAGGACGUCAAGCGCCACUCGGUCACUCGCAUGGCAUUGCAUGGAGAGGGGGAGGGUUGGGUGCCGGUGAGCAGCCAUCCUGCGACGGUGAGCUGCUUCGCUCUAGUGGUGGUGGAGAACCCUCACACCAGGCAGUUCCUCCUGGUGCAGGAGUACGGCGGAAAUGGUACGCCGAGGGCGGGUCGGGAGGGUCAUCGAGUCGAUGGGUCUGCGGGCAUCGCAUCGCCCGUGCCGUGUGUGUGCGUAUGUGUAGGGUACUGGCUGCCUGGCGGUCACGUGGAGCCUGGCGAGAGCCUUCAAGCCGGCGCUAUACGAGGUCGGUCGACAACACACAAGUACCACACACCGCAUCGGCCGGCAUGUAUGUGUUCCCUCCCUCCCCCAUCUGUGUGUGCAGAGACCAAGGAGGAGGGCGGUAUAGACGUUGAGUUGAAGGGCGUGUUGCGUGUCGACGUGUCGCAGCACUGCGUGUCGGUCGAGCCUUCGUCCCACCGAAGGCAGCGGAUGCGUGUGACGCCCGGUGGGCAAAGGGCAGACCCCGACCACACGAAGGUCAGCAUGCGGCUCAAGGUCAUCUUCUACGCACAGCCGAAGGACCACACACAGCAGCCCAAGACAUUCCCAGACUUCGGUCAGUCAGCCAAUGCCCUCAACAUUCUCUCUCUCUCUCUCUCUGCGCAUGUGUGUGUGUGUGUGUGUCAGAGAGUGCGGGGGCGUUGUGGAUAAGCGAGGAGGAGCUGAGUGGCGAUGUGCGGUUGGGCCGUCAGUCCAAGAUCCCUCUGCGCGGCUCCGAGCCGUCAGAGUGGUUUCGCUAUGUGUGUGAGGGCGGGCCCAUCUACCCGCUCGACAUAGUCAAUGAGCUCGGGGAGGGCCGGCCGGCCUCCAAGCCACAAAAGGCCUUAGUGGAGAGGUAGAGGCAUGGAUGGACGGAUGGAUGGUUGCGUGGGACGGGGGCACGUAUGUAUGUGUGUGUUGGCUUUUCGAGUGGUCCUCGGGACGAUCGCUGACGGCCUUUCAUUGGAUGAAGAAACUUCCUG